GGCGGGGCUUAACGAGCUGGAUUUCCUGUCGUAUCAGUUGAAAAGAAAGUGACAGUUGUCAAGGAAAAUGUGACUUCCUGUCGUAAGCCUCGGCUCUCCGCAGUCCUUACUCUGCUCGCAUAAACCAGGCUGCGUGUCCAUCCGAACCAGCGAUGUAAACUGGACCGGCAGCCAGCAGAUUCGCGGCGUUGUGACGGGAGAGUUAUUGUUGUGACGACACGGUGACAUGUUGAUGGCAAACCAGGCCUGGCUGGAGUCUUCCCUGCGUCGCUCGGGCAGGCUUGGCUCGGAAGUGCUGGAGCGAGCGUCCAGGCGCCGCGUAGACUGGACCGGCAUCAGCGCAUCCCAGACCUCGGCGACGUCCCGCCAAGACGCUACUGAGAGAACCCAGCCGGAGCUUCGCGAUGCCUUUGCAAAUGUCGCCACGUUCAUGACCCAGAUGAGCCAGCACUGCAAGAAGUUCUAUGAGUCUGGCAGCUGCAGGGAGCACAGCGCCGCCGAGAGGAAGCACGUGUCCAGGUUCCACACGCAGCCAGGACCCGGGCAGACGACACCUACACAGCCCAGGAGAAAACCUCAUUUCCCUCAGAGCCCUGUCUUGGCUCAGGCUGAAGACUUUUACAUCCAGGUGUCACCUGGAACGUACUCCGUCUCAGCCGGUUUCCCAGAUUCACAGCCGCAGACUCACCUGGUCAGCAUUCGACCUGGAGAGAGCGUCGUCCUCACCUUUAACCUCUGACGUCUUGGCUGAGCUGACCUGGCCGCCCUGAGCUUCAAUAACAGAACUGACCAAUGCUAA